GAUUGGUCCGUGUGUGCGGCUCUGUUGUACACUGACUCAAAACAUUGCAGCAAGUCACAUCACAUCAUUAAAUACCUGGUGUCUUGAAAAGGCUGACUCCACUUUCGUCUAGCCCAGCAGGACCUUUCCAGGUCUGAGCGGUUGUAGGCUAGCACUGCUCCUGCUAGUGCAGACUUGAAAACUGCAUACUUGGAGUGGCUGUCAGUGCGAAUGGCUGCAUCAAAGCGAUGGAUCCAAUGGAAUAUGUCCAGACGCGCCACCAUACCAUUGUCCACCCAUGUCUGGAACAAGGUCUCCACAGCGGUCGGGCCUUGUGCACGACAACACCCACGAUCAACGUACAAAAUCUUUGGCACAGACUGAUUGGCCUGCUGGAAUCUCUCCAUUACUCCACGGCACAUGGGCUCCAGAUACUCAGUGGACUCUUUGCAGGACCGGGAAACAGUGAGUCCAGUCCCAGGCCUCACACUAGGUGAGGCAAAAGAUGUUUGGAAAAAUGCUGCCCACCCAACUCUCCAGAAUAGGCACAAGGACAUGGCGUGGAUGGUGGCCCAUGAGAUCCUCCCGGUCAGGGCGGUGAUGCACUCCAGAGGCAUGGCCAAGAAUCCAGUCUGCCCUCGUCCGGGGUGUAGUGCCCCGGAGACAGUACGACACCUGCUCUGGGAGUGCAGCGCUGCGCGGGACCUGUGGGCCAAGACCGGCCCCCUGUAUUUCCCGUGCCUGCCAGCGGGUAGGGUCCAGAUGGAUUACAAGCUCGCCAUCCUUGGUGUGGGCCAGGGCUUGAAGGACUGUACAGCAAAAAACUUUACCUCGCUCUGGCUCACUUUCAACUCAAUCAAGGAUGCCAUCUGGACCACAAGAAACCUGCUGGUGGGGAAACACGUUACGGUUCCCCUCCACGCCAGCGAGCAAAUGGUAACAUCAAAGCUGCAGGGGUACCGGUGCUGUUAUUCGGACGGGGGCCGGGGUCACACGGAAGAGGUCCCGGCCGCCACCGUACUUUGGCCGCCUGUAGAUGCACCCUUACCACCACCGGCUCACGGGAACAGCAGGCCAGCGGGCAGGAGGAGAGGGAUCUCCUCUGAGCACAGAAGCGGCAUGCCAAGUGCCUUUCCUGGAGAGUGGGAUGAUGGCCAAUUUGAUAGGGACUCAUCCCGGUCUUGA